AUGGCUGGAUACGAAAGAGUCGGAGACUUGAUGACGAAGCAUCCUGAAGUUGCAACAUUCAAACGCUUCGACUUCCUGAACACACUGAAUAUUUUAUACCUUCAAGCCGAGUUGGUCCAUCUUGAACAGGAGUUGAGGGAGAGCAUGAGAGAUGAUCUCGAGUUCAGGAAUGAACCGACUAUCAAUAGCUCAUUUGGAAGUCAAGACGAGAUUGAGACUGCGGAGGUCGCAAAUAUACAGCACGAUGUGGAAAAGGGAGCUCCGUCGAUAACAGGACACUCAAAGGUAGAGUCUGAAAUCAAUGUGAGAUUGGAGUCAACUCGGGAUUGGUAUUUUCUGGCAAACUCGGAAGAGAGUCAAACGUGGGAGGUUAUGUUGAAAGCCCGAGAAAAGCUCAAGGAAUAUAAUGAAGCAGUACUUCGCCAUAAAGAGAUGAUGCAUCAGGACUCACCUAACAAAUGCGACGUCGAAUUUCUGCGCAGAUGGUUCAAAGAUGAGAAGAUGGGAGACUUUCCGUUGCGGGGAGACGACAGUGAAGUGUGGGAAACGUCCAAAACAUCCGAACUCAUCGCAUUCAGAGCCAGGAAAGCUGAAGACCCAUUGAGCACCUUCUUUCUUAGAAGAGUAUAUCUUUGGUGGCACCACUGCAUCGGCCAUCGAUUCAAAAAGACACAGAGUGAAGAGGUUCGAUACUUCGAAUAUAGAGAUCGAAAUAUCCUUCGAGUGGCAAACUUCCUGAGCUCGAUCAUCUCGUCUGCAUUGUUCAUGGCUGCGAUAUUGACUUUGUAUUUCGUGACCAACCAACUGGCACGAUUGGGGAUCAUAGCUGCAUUCACAACCAUCUUCUCAUUGGUUCUGGUACUGGCGACCACUGCAAGGAAGAUCGAAGUUUUUGCUGCAACUGCGGCGUAA